AUGUUGUUCCCGGAAUCCGGUCUGGCCAAAGAGAUGAUCCAGGAGGCAUAUAAUGCUCGCGCAACCCAGCUUACGCCCUGGUCGGACGAGAGUCUCCCGGUGUCAGACACGGCCAGAUACUCCACGUACUUGGUAUUCAAGCGCGAACACAACGUCCAAGUGCGAAGAACCAUUGCCCGUUCGUGGAUUUUUCUCGAGGCCUUCGAAUGGUGCUACGGCCGAAAGGACAUGGCUGACAAUACGCCUGUCCUCCUGGAGGCGAUGAAGUACGUCGAGAGUCUACCCGCCGAGGGACAGUUCAAAUCACACAUCGAAUACCAGACCAAGGUCUUCCGCAACUGGCCCGCCACGCUGAGACGGAAACUCCCUGAUAUGCCGGAAAAGCCGCGUGCCAGGUUCGUGUGGCAUCUCCGUCUGUCCAUGCCGGGCUGGUACUCGUGGGACUCGGGCCGCUCCGACGCCUUCACUCGGUGGCUGCUGAACGACACCAAGUUUCCACCCAAUGCGGUCUUGAAGUAA